UCUUCCACAUCGAGUACGGAUUCAACAACGACAACAUGAAGCUGCUCAUAAUUUCCCUCGCCUUGUGUACCUGCAACAUGGCCAUACCAAUUGAGCCAUCGACAACUUCGCUGUUGGAAUUGUUGAAUAAUUCAGGAUUCUCCGAGUUGAAAGAUGCAUUGGUAAAGCAUAACAUGACGAACAUCAUCAACGCAACAGAACCGAUGACGAUCUUUGCUCCAUCGAAUGAAGCCUUCAAAAACCUCAAAAAUAAUCCGUGGACGAAGAACAUGACUCACGGAAUGAUGGAAAAAUUGAUGGGUCGUCUUGUCGUUCUUCGACGUAAACUACUACCAGCCGAUGUCCGCAAUGAAAUGAUUGUCGACACGGUAUCCAACGAGAAACUUCGCUUGAACGUUUACCCAAAGGUGAGAACAGUGAACGGUAUUAUGGUCGUCAUGGAGCCUAACGUUCAGAAUCAGCAAGUAAUCAUUUACCGCGUGAAUCGCUUCCCAAUGGCGCCACCAACUGGAAGGGACAUCUUCGAAAUGUUAAACAGACGCAAAGAACGUUUCUCAACUCUUGUGAAAGCGAUCGAAGUUGCCAAUUUAAAAGACACGUUGAAGACAGCUGGACCGUACACUUUAUUCGCCCCGAACAAUGACGCGUUUAAAGCUUUACCUGAAGCCAAAUUGGCCAAACUGAUGGAAUCACCGGCCGAGCUGAAAUCAAUUUUACUCGGACAUGUCAUUAACGGCACCUACUUCCUUGGCGCUUUGCUGGACGCUCCAGAAUUGCCGGCCCUCGCGGGUGGACUUAACAAAAUCGCCGUCAACGGAAUGAAUAUGACGGUGAAUGGAACCAAAGUUUUCACCAGAGAAGGCAUGAUCGCCGAGAAUGGCGCUAUCCACGUAAUCGACCGUGUCCUCUUGCCUUCAAAUACCACCGCUCCUCCAUCCGUAUAACUAUCGUGAUUCCCAUCAACUGACACGGCAUUUAAAACUACAAGACAAAGCGCAAAAUCAAAACAUUUUUCACGUGAUUAAUAAAAUUAAAUUUUUUCGCAGUUUUUCAAAGACUUUGCGGCAAAACGUCCGUGUCUGUCAAUGAAAUCUGCUUUUCCCAUAUCAAAUACUAUGGUAUCGUAAUUUCGAAUGGGCAUUUUUUUGUUUAACACAAUCUGUCUAUGGCUCUAUCUAGAAGAAAUAAUAAAUCGUUGCUUCCAGUAAAA